AUGUCCACUGUAGAGUCAACGCGCUUCGAACUUCCGGGGUUUACUUUGCCCCUUGAUUUCCGGCCCCAUCGAGAAUGGACAGAUGUUGUUUAUGCCAACGCUUUGGAUGAAGGCGAUAUCCAAAAUGGCUAUGUUGGUUAUAUGUUCACGCUGAGGGAGCUCUCUAUGAUGCGUAUAAUGGAGGCAAUCACUGAUAAGCCGGAUUGGGAUAGAAAGGUUUUCAACCAAGAGAUAACCGAUAAAUGGCGAAAAGAAAUCUCUGAAAGCGGCCAAGAUAUCACUGAAGGGAUGAUUGAGUAUAUCUUCGCGGAGCUCCGGUGGAAAUCUACGGAAUACAAAAAGACGGGAAUACUAACGGCUUAUGAUCCCGGUGUGGUCAAGUCAGAUGUGGCCAUUCCAAAGGAGCUCAAGCAGCAGCUUCGGGACCUUGUCAUGCCCCUUGAAGACGUGCCUGUAGAGGAGAAGGACUAUCACCCCAGGUCUGACAACAAGGUUGUCGACCUGGUCCACCCAUCGCUCUUUCCACUUGUGUAUGGUCGCACCAAAGUCCUCGGCGACAAGCUCAUUGGGCUUGACGACUGCUUUCUAAAUGUAGGGCAGGGGGAGAUGACAAAGAUUCCAGAUUCGCCACCGAAGUAUCCUCGUCGAAUGCCCGACCAUGAUCCGUACAGCCGCCAUUUUCAGUGGCUUCCAUGUGAAGUCAAAUUCAAUGGCAAUGGCGAGUGUCAGAUCGCUUCAUACAUCAACAACCUGCACCCAGCGAAGCACCGAGAUCUGUACCACGUGAUUGAAAAGAUACUCACACAGAUCAUUCCUCUGUGGAAUAUAUCCCUAACACGAGACCGUAAUAUCCCACGUCGGAUCCAGUACGACGAGGUUGAAUACCUUCCGAGCGCGGAGCCUGAACCUCAGCCGGGGGAUGACGAAUCAGAUGAGGACGAAUUCUAUGAGCGCUUGGAGGAAUGGCAGAAUGCCCGACAGCCUAAGCAACCCGAGCCAUCCAGAUUUGAGCCUCCUACGGGUCAUCGCCGAAACGUAGUCGAUCUGCAGUCCAAGUUUGCAAAGGAAGGAUUGCAGGUAAUUGUCAAGCUGGCCAACAUCGAGCUUACGCCUGAGAAACCAGAGUAUGAAGGGGGCUCCUGGCACAUUGAAGGACAACUAAACGAGCGGAUUUGUGCUACAGCGAUUUACUACUAUGACUCUCAAAACAUCACUGACAACACCCUUUCCUUCCGUCACCGUGCCAAUGACAGACAUUUCGAUGACCUUUACUAUGAACAGGGCGAGUUCCAAUUUUUGCGUGUGUUCGGUUUUGAGCCCAGUGCCGGCGGCUUCGUCGACGAACAGAUAACUCAAGAUCUUGGAGCGGUAACCUGCCGUGAAGGACGCCUUUUGACAUUCCCCAACACACUGCAGCACCGCGUCUCUGCCUUCUCGCUCUCUGAUCCCUCUAAGCCGGGUCACCGCAAGAUUCUCGCGCUUUUCCUCAUUGACCCUAGUCGACGAAUUAUUUCGACUGCUCAUGUCCCGCCCCAGCGAGAGGACUGGUGCAAGGAAUGGAAGCAAUCCGUCGACGACGUAUUGGGAAAGCGAUUACCGGUUGAGUUGCAGAAUAUGGUGCAUAAGACUGUUGACUUCACACCGAUGACUAUGGAUGAAGCCAAGGAGUAUCGGCUGAAACUUAUGGACGAGAGGUCUGCCAAAUCUAUCCAGACGAAUCAUGUUUUCGAAACAGGGCAGUUUUCUCUAUGCGAGCACUGA